AUGCGCGGUAUACUUGUCAGUCUUAUUGGGGUGGCAUCUCUCUCCCAGGCUGCCCCAGCGCAGUCGAAUAUUACCAGUGACACAUAUUUCUAUGGCCACUCUCCGCCCGUUUACCCCUCCCCCGAGGGUACCGGUACUGGCGCGUGGGCUGCGGCCUACGAGAAGGCCAAAAAGCUUGUCGCGCAGCUCACUGCCGAGGAGAAGGUCAACUUGACGGCUGGAGUCAGCCCAACCAGUGGCUGUUCCGGUACCAUUGCGCCUAUUCCUCGCUUGAACUUUCCCGGUCUUUGCGUCUCCGAUGCGGGAAAUGGCCUACGAGGCACGGACUAUGUAAACGCCUGGUCUAGCGGGAUACACGACGGUGCAAGCUGGAACAAAGCCCUGUCUCGUCAGAGAGGCGCUCAUAUGGGUAGCGAGUUUCACAAAAAGGGGGUCCAUCUUCUCCUCGGCCCUGUGGUUGGUCCCAUUGGCAGAGUUGUUGAAGGCGGCCGGAAUUGGGAAGGAUACUCCACAGAUCCCUACCUCAGUGGCGCCUUGGUCUACGAGACCGUCCGUGGAAUUCAGUCGGCUGGUGUUGCUGCUUCUACAAAGCACUAUAUUCUCAACGAGCAAGAGACGUAUCGCAACCCGCAGAAACUCAAUGGUCGCAACGUCGCUGCUCUUUCGUCGAACGUUGAUGACAAAACGAUGCAUGAGCUUUACUUAUGGCCGUUCGCAGAUGCCGUGCGAGCAGGCACAGCCUCGAUCAUGUGCUCGUACCAACGUAUCAACAACUCGUACGGAUGCCAGAACAGCAAAGCUCUUAAUGGGCUUCUAAAGACAGAGCUUGGAUUUCAAGGAUAUGUUAUCACCGACUGGGGUGCCCAGCAUGCUGGAAUUGCUGCCGCCAAUGCUGGGUUGGACAUGGUCAUGCCGACAACGCAGCUCUGGGGAUCAAACCUGACCAAAGCAAUCGCCAAUGGAACCAUGGAGGCGGCUCGUCUGGAUGAUAUGGCGACUCGAAUAAUUGCGACAUGGUACCAUCUGAAUCAGGAUACCAAUUUUCCAGGCUCGGGUGUUGGGAUGCCCAAGGACCUCAAUACGCCUCACCAGGCGGUCAUCGGAAAGACAGCAGACUCCAAAGAAACGCUCCUCCAGACUGCAAUUGAGGGUCAUGUAUUGGUCAAGAAUACUAACCACGCUCUGCCACUCAAGUCCCCCAAGUUGAUCUCAGUAUUUGGCUACGAUGCUAAAGCACCCCACAAGCUAAGCAUGAGCUUUCAGUUCAUGAGCGUCAGUCCCGCAAUCCAGGAGAACCACACGUUGUACGUUGGUGGCGGGUCAGGGGCCAACGCACCGGCCUACAUCAGCGCGCCCCUGGACGCUCUUCAACAGCAGGCGUACCAAGACGGCACAUCACUCCUAUGGGAUGUAACCUCCCAGGAUCCCGACGUUAACCCGACUACGGAGGCCUGCCUGGUCUUCAUCAACAGCUACGCGACCGAGGGCCAGGACCGCCCCGGCUUAGUCCACGAGGGAAGCGAUAAGCUGGUGACAAACGUUGCCAGCAAGUGUAACAACACCGUCGUUAUCAUCCACAACGCCGGGAUCCGCUUAGUGAACGCGUGGGUUGAUCAUCCGAAUGUCACUGCGGUGCUCUUCGCGCAUUUGCCCGGCCAGGAUUCUGGACGGUCUGUCGUGAGUCUUCUCUACGGCCAAGCCAACCCGUCUGGUAAAUUGCCCUAUACCGUCGCAAAGAAGGCUGCGGAUUACGGCAAGCUGCUCCAUCCAGCCCAGGCAAACGAACCGUACGGGCUCUUCCCGCAGGAUGAUUUCGCGGAAGGAGUAUACAUCGACUACCGCGCAUUCGAUCGCCAGGGGAUUGAUCCGCAGUUUGAGUUUGGGUUUGGGCUGUCGUACACCACCUAUGACUACUCGUCAUUGAGCAUCGACACGAUCAGCAGCAAUCCAGGCCCCUUUCCCCCGGCAGCCGCCAUCCAGGAAGGUGGAAACCCCCAUCUCUGGGACGAGCUGGUGAAAAUAUCUGCGGAAGUGAAGAACACUGGCAAGGUAGACGGUGACGAGGUGGCCCAGCUGUACGUAGGCAUCCCAGAUGGCCCUGUUCGCCAGUUGCGAGGGUUCGAAAAAGUGCAUGUCUCGGCCGGUUCUACAGCAAAAGUCGAGUUCUCGUUGACUCGACGCGAUCUCAGCACUUGGGAUGUGCAGGCCCAGCAGUGGCGGUUGCAGACCGGCACAUACCAUGUGUUCGUUGGCCGGUCCAGUCGGGAUCUCCCCCUUCAGGGGCAGUUUGCUAUUUAGGUCACAACUAG